CAUACAUAUUUCAUAUUAAGCGGAAAUUCUAGAGUUGAAAAUUUUCAGUUCUAUCCAAGAUAUUUAAAUUUCAGAAAUUAUCUAAAAUAUCAGAAAAUGCGCUUUGAAAUUACCUGUCUAUUGAUCUUUGCCAUUUUUUGUGGCUAUUCUUCUUCAUCGGAAACCCAUAAAAACGACCAAGAACGAUUCCUUCUUAGCACCGCUUCCAUAACAUUUACCACUUUCACCCUAAUUAAAAAAACCACUACCACCACUUCAACAUUUACAUCCGUAACUACUUGCACCACCUCAACGUCAACUUUAACGACAUGCACUAUUGGACGCCGGCGUCGUGGACUAUUUUACGACGAUGCUGCAUCCCAGGGCCGCAGUCGCAGAGGGCUCUUCUAUAACGACGAUGAAGUCCAGAACAAGGAAGGUGGUACCUUUCUUCCCGUUGAAACAAAGUCAGGUGAGCCAUCCUUAGAAGUAGCCAAUACAUCUAUUGACGAAUCGUCUUUAAUUCCGUUGGAAAUUGAAUCUGGUUUCGUGGUGCCUGAUGGAAGUCCAAAUCGAUUCUUGUUGGCUUUCGGUACGUCAACUGUUACCAGUGUAGUCAUCACUACAUCAACAAGCAGCCUGACGGCUAUUUGCAGUAGUACCACCGGCUUUCCCUUAUGUGGGAAUGCUGGAAAAUAAACUUAAGCUAUCGUUUAUUCAUUUAAUGGCAAAUGAACUUAUGACCAUCAUCCAAUAUUUUCCGAGAGAUUAUUUUCAGACCCAGUUUAUACACAUCAAUCCAAUUUGAAAAUUUAAAUGUUUUAAUAUUUUUUGUAUGAAACCAUUUAAGAUUUGUGUAUUAUGUCAAAGCAUAAAAUUAUUCAGAAUAAAUGAUUAAUUCGCA